AUGACUAUCAGCAAUGCAUUCCUUGCUCCUCAUGACACUUCAAAAUUGCGAGCACGAUCACCGUCCAUAUCUUCAGUGUCCAGUGUAUCAACAAGUACCAGUAGUCGACUUUAUCCUCGUCCGAGCAUAUCGACAUCUCGCACCAUUACUUCAUUGACACCUUCACGUUCGACCGUGCCAAGGCGUAAAAGUAGCACCAGUAGUACGACAAGCACUGCCAGCACGGCAACCACGGCAACCAGCAUGUCAUUGAGUCAAAAGGGUGAAAAUGUUCAGGUCUGCGUACGAUGUCGACCCAUGACCCAGCACGAGUUUUUGAACAAGACCGACCACUGUUGGGAGGUCGACCCGGCUGCUUCGAGGAUUCGACUAUCAGAAAAUGGUUUAGCAAGUCGUCGACAACAAGGCAGACAACGAGAACAUUAUUAUGAUCACGUUUUCAGUGGAAGCGACAAUGAAGAGUUAUAUCAAACAAGUAUACGGCAUCUAGUAGAACAAGCCAUGGAUGGAUACAAUGCUACCGUUUUUGCUUAUGGACAAACUGCAAGUGGAAAGACAUAUGUAAGUGCUGGUACCGAAUCGGAACCAGGCAUCAUCCCUCGCAGCGUAGACAACGUGUUCCAGUACAUUCAGCAGGCGUCAACAAAGGAGUUUGUUUUGCGCGUAUCCUAUCUUGAAAUAUACAAUGAAACGAUCCGUGAUCUCCUUGCACCGAGGAAUGACAAUCUCAAGAUUCACGAGGAUAAAAGGCGAGGGAUCUAUGUUAGUCCAUUGACGGAGGAAGUGGUAACGACACCAACGGAUGUUAUGAGUAUCAUUCAAAAAGGAGAAGCUAAUCGACAUAUCAGCACCACCGAUUACAAUCUACACAGCAGUCGAAGUCAUACCAUCUUUCAAAUGGUGAUUGAAAGCCGAGAACGAACAAGCACAAGCACCACCCUAGGUCCGGUUAGUCCACGUGUGUCGUUACGUCGAGAUGCCAUGAAGAUAUCCCAAUUGAACCUUAUCGAUCUUGCCGGAUCGGAAAAGGCGGCAUCGAAUUCCGAGAGAAGAAAAGAAGGAGCUUACAUCAACAAAAGCUUACUGACACUUGGCACCGUCAUCUCGAAACUCACCGAGAACAAGCGAAGUGUACCGAUUCAUGUGCCUUUUCGUGAUUCCAAGCUUACGCGGAUAUUGCAACCUGCACUUUCAGGCCAAGCCAAAGUCGUUGUCAUUUGUACGAUCAGCCCUACAUCAAAUUCAAUUGAGGAAUCUGGCAAUACACUUAAAUUCGCAUCACGUGUCAAGAGGAUUGUAGUUACGGCAACAAAUGACGAGGUGCUGAAUGAACGGGCAUUACUACAAAAAUAUCGAGGCGAGAUUUCAGAGCUCAAGACCAAGUUACAGGCAGCUAAUGCCGUGCUCGUACAAGAAAAGGAAAAUACGCAAUCGGUGCUGACAGCUGAGCGGCAACAACAUGAACAACAAAUGAGGCAAAUGCGACUCGUUAGGACGGCUUUGAAAGAAAGGAUUGACCAGUUGACACGCUUAAUUCUCACGUCAUCUUCUGUGGGAGCAAAGCCAGUGGAGGAGAACAUGGCGGCCAUGACAAUUGAGGACAGGACAUCGGGUGCUGAGGUGGAUAUCCAAAAUGGAAAUCCUUGGCAAACGAUUCGUGAUCUGAGGAGAGAAUUGGCUCAAGUACGGUCAAGUAAAGCAAGCACGGAUAGGAUGCUGGCGGAUAGUUUACAACGUAUCAAUGAAUUGGAGCAUACAGUGGAGGAACAAAAGGGCCUAGUGGAACGCGUCGCUCAUUUGGAGGCCGAAUUAAGCAUUACACGAGCUGAACUACAAAUGACAACAGCCUUGGCGCAUGAAACCCAUCCAAGUAGUAGCAGUAGUAGUGUAGCUAGGACACCCAUUGAAGAGCACCAGAAGACGCUAUUGCAUGUGACUGGACGAUAA